CAAUUGGGCCUACUACUCUGGUCUGCGUUCGAAACCUUCUUUUCUCCAAAAACCGUUGAUCGUCUUCCCCGUUCCGACCUCGAAUACCAACAGGAGGAAACUCCUGCAAGUCGUAUCCGUCUGCCAUGGAAUCACAUCACGCUUCGCUUGGCAGAAGAACGCUUGAAGAAAUUCGUCAAAAGCGAGCUGCAGAAAGAUUGAGCAAAACUUCGUCGGGACCAGAUCUCAGCAAAGUUUCAAAUUCAAAUGAUGUUGUAUCUAUGAGAAAAUCAGAGAGUGGAAAUAGAAUUUCGGAGUCAGAUAUUGGUGGCUUAGUGGCUCAAAUAAAAUACCUGGAGAAAAGGAAUACAGAAUUGGAAGAGCAGAACAAGAAAUUGAUUUCAACGCUCCAGACAACCGAGGCUGACAAUGACACACUACAAAAGCGUUUGAAUGAUCUUGAACAAAACACUGUACCUUCUUUGAGAAAAGCUCUGAAGAGUGUAGCUAUGGAAAAAGAUGCAGCUGUUGUCGCAAGGGAGGACUUUUCAGCCCAACUUCGCACUCUCAAGAAACGUCUAAAAGAAGCAGAAGAGGAACAAUAUCGAGCUGAGGAAGAUGCGGCAGCCUUGAGAGCAGAACUGAAUUUGAUACAGCAACAAUCUAUGAAUGGUUCUCUUAGCGGAGUGACCUCCAUUGUAAAUCCACUGGAUCAAAUACAAGUCCUAGAAAAGGAGUUAUUGAACUUGAAGUCAGAGUUACAGCAAGAAUCACAUUUAAGGCAGCAAGAGCGACAACGAUUAGCAGAGGAGCAAACCCAAACUUCUAAGCUCAUGUUGGAAAAGCAAGAACUGGAAGAAAAGCUUGCUUUUAUGUCUAAAACGGCAUCAGAAAAUUCUGAGUUAGCAUCUAACAAAGUAUUUUCAUUGGAAGAAAAGGAGAAACUUGAGAAGCAAUUGCAUGACAUGGCUGUUGUAAUUGAAAAAUUGGAGAGUAGUAGACAAAAACUUCUAGUGGAGAUUGAUUCUCAAUCUUCAGAGAUUGAAAGCCUUUUUGAGGAAAACUCUACCCUUCAGAGUUCCUAUCAGGAAGCUAUGGGCACAGCAAAGCAAUGGGAGAAUCAGGUGAAGGAUUGUCUCCAACAAAAUGAAGAGCUCCGUGGAAUUCUCGAUGAGUUGAGAAUCAAACAGGCAAAGGGUUUUGUGGAACCACUUGCCGGUGUAAAUGAGGCUGGUUCUCCUGCAUAUGCGGCUGAAAUUAUCUCCCUCAAGGGUCAAGUUGCAAAAGAACAGAGCCGAGCAGAGAAUUUAGCUGCAGAUGUAUUGCAGCUCUCAGCCCGACUACAGCAAACCACUCAAGCAUAUAAUAGUCUUGCACGCCUGUAUCAGCCGGUGCUGCGGAACAUAGAAAGCAGUCUAAUAAAGAUGAAGCAGGAUGGUUCUGUGACUGUGAAAUGAGAUUAGAGACAAUUUUAAUAUUUAAUAUUAUAAUUUGUAUAGAUUUCAUGUGGAUCUGGCACACACACAAGUUUUCUUUUAUUUUUUCCCCUUCAUUUGUACAAGGGCAAGGCAAGUGUCAAAUUGUUGAGUUAAAAAGCUUCUAUAGAAUGAAUCACUGUUAACACUA